AUGGCAGAGGAAAGACAGGCGCACUUCACCAAGAGAAUCCAAGAGGUCCUAGGCCACGACGGAAUCGCAAAAGAUGUACGUAUCGACAAGAAGAACAAGAAGGUCAAGACGUCCGCGGGCGACCUGCCCAUCUCGCCCGUCAUGGACCCCGUGUGGAUGGAUGUACGCACGAGGUACCGGACACCCAAGCCCAGACCGAAAUCCAAGAGCGACAAGGUCCGGGAUUAUUCUUUGUCUUCGUCUAGGGCGGCACCGAGGAAACACAAGUAUAAGAUUAGGAUGGGCAAAGACAAGAAGACGCGGAGCCCAAGGCUCAUUGUCAUGAACAAGUUGCCCAACGGGGGCAGGUUCCGCGUCAAGUUGGAACAGAACCCGUACGUACAUGCUCUCGCCUCGCCUGUCCGAUUCUGCCCCGUUACGGGGACGUCUCUGCCGAAAUACUUUCUUCAAAACUUCAAGGCUGUUACGAAUCCGGACACCCAGGGGCACUGGUUUAUACCAGGCGACGUUGAAGUAUCGUGGACACAUAGAGACGCCAUGGAAGAGGAGCUUAGACAGCUUGAUGAUCUGGAGAAUCGGCCAGAAAAGCUUGCCGAUGUGGGAAAUGGUGCUAUUAAACAGGGGAAGGACGAUUCGAAAGAGUUCAAUGAAGUGAAUGGCGAACCGAGGAAAGCUUUCAAAGGGGAGGACGAAUCCAAAAAGCAGAGCGAAAAAGAGCCCCAAACCCUUAACACUGCAGUAGACGACUUUGAGCAGCAUUUCACAAACGUAAUCGGAUCCGAGAAGAACGCCAAAAAGGAAAAGAGCCGCUCUGGAGCCGUAUCCCUUCCUCCCACCCCCCAGAAACAAUCCCCCGAGGACCCCAUUGCAAAACAAAAAGAAACAGACCAGCUCCUCCUCAAAUCCCCCUCCGCCUACGUCGUCUCCCGCAAACCCGUCAUCGACUCCAUGGCAGGCAAACGCGGCAAACUUCCCUUCGGCGACGGCUGGCGCACCCUCCUCGGCAGGAACCCAAAGGUCAUGAACUCGGAUAUCCCCAAACGCCUCGUCUGGCGCCAGGACAUGGGCGACUUUGUUCUAGAGAACCUGCGCAAGAAUAUCAUGAAGUACGUCACUUGGCACGUCGAGGCGGGCGAAGGGCGUAGCUCGUGCAUCCAGCCCCUCGAGACGUGGGAAGAUGUCCACGACGCGCAGAAGCGGAGCUGUUUGCUGUGGUAUGACGAGGCCAAUAUCCCCGCGAGGGAGAGUCGGUGGGAUGAGUGGAUGAAGGAGGGGAAGGUAAAGCCGUUUGCGACCUACGACGUCCCGGACGCAAAGUACGAAAAGAGUCUGCCCAUCUACGACAUCGGGCGGCUCAUGGGGCCAAAGUACCUCGCGAAGCUGCGGGAGAUACCCGUGUUCCGCGAGCGCUCGCUCUUCGUCGUCAAGAAGAAGCGGUCGAUUCCGCUGCAGCUGUACCUAUGGAAGCUGCAGGCGUACAUGGCCGAGUAUCCAUCCGCGGAAAAGGUCGCCGAGGUAUCUGCGGAGAAGAGGAGGCUCGAUAGGAAGAGGAGGGAGGAGGAGCGCCAGGAGGAGCUUGUACAGGAGCAAUUCAGGCUGGAGGAGGAGGCGAGGGAGGGGUAUAUACGGGCCAAGGCUGAGCGGGCGAGAAUAAUCCAGGAGAGAAUCCAGCGGGAGAUGCAAGGCUUCGAUGAACCCAGGGAUAAGACGGCAGAGGUCGGGGCAGAACGCGGAGUCGGGUUUGGGAGCAGCAGUACAACCAUGCCAAGGUCUAUAGCGGCGGCCACGAGCUCGGCCGACUUCACUGCUCAGCUCACGGCGAUACCACGAGCCGUGUCCUCACCCAGUGCUUGGAACAGCGCCGCCAUCAAGCCCAUACCUACGAUCAAAGUCGACAGGAAGGCUGAAGCCCCUAAAUGGCCCACAAUCAAAGCCAAAGUGAAAGCCACACCUAGGCGCUCAACCAAAGAUGUAGCCACGCCCAUGACUGCAGCCGACUUCACUGCCCAGCUCAUGGCGACACCCAAGGUCGGUUCUGGAUCUGGCUCUCGGGGCAAUUCUGCCGUCAAGUCGGUAGCCCCCGCCAAGAUCGUUAACAAGGUCGGUUUGACUUCACCUUUGGCCGAAGUUGAAGGCGGAUCUAAGCCUCAGCGUGUCGCUACGACAGCCGAGACUACACCCAAGGCCGAUGUCAAAGGAGCAUCGGAACCCAAAGCAGAAGUCAAGAAGCCAAAGGUGAGAUCAGUCAAGCCGCGCUGGUAG